UACAAUCAUUGUUUGACAACCGGUUGGAAGUCACUAGCCGGAGUUCGUUGUUUCUUAGUGCAAGGGUUAUCAAGUACGCAGUUUAUACGUAGUUUCGUUACUAUGCAUUUUAAAGCCGCCUUUGGAUAUCUUCUCUUCAUAACUACAGUUGCGGAAUACACAACCGCAACCACACCUAUCGUCCUAUGGCACGGAAUGGGCGAUACUUGCUGCUUUCCCUUCAGUCUUGGAUCUAUAAAGAAAAUUCUACAGGAAAAAAUCGAGGGUGUCUAUGUAAAAUCGCUUAAAAUCGGUGGAAAUCUCAUCGAAGAUUACAAGAGUGGCUUUUUCAUUCAUCCAGAUAAGCAGCUGAAAGAUGCAUGCAACCAAAUUUCUACAGACCCACAAUUGACGAAUGGGUUCAACGCGCUCGGAUUCUCACAGGGAGCACAGUUCCUUCGUGCAUUGGCACAGCGUUGUCCCAACCCCCCAAUGAAAACCCUCGUUUCUUUCGGGGGUCAACACCAAGGAGUGUUUGGACUGCCAGAAUGUCCUUCCUUGUCGAAGCAGUCAUGCGAAUAUAUGCGAAAAGUGUUGAACUAUGCAGCGUAUGAAAAAUGGGUGCAGAAAUUGUUAGUCCAAGCGACAUACUGGCACGAUCCGCUAAACGAGGCUGAAUAUAAGGCAAAGAGCACAUUUUUAGCAGACAUAAAUAAUGAAAGGACAGUAAAUCAGACCUACAUUGAUAAUCUACAGAAACUGGAACGUUUUGUUAUGGUCAAGUUCCUGAACGACACAAUCGUUCAACCAAUUGAAACCGAAUGGUUUGGCUUCUACAAGCCAGAUCAAGACAAGGACAUAUUGCCUUUGAAGGAGAGCCCUUUGUAUAAGGAGGAUCGAUUGGGUCUGCGCCAGUUAGACGCUGAUAGUAAGCUCGUUUUUCUUGCUAUCGAAGGGGAUCAUCUGCACUUUACGGAUGAGUGGUUGGAUGAACACAUCGUCCCGAUACUGAAAAAUUGAUAUUUUAGAUGAGAAACUGCAUGAUUCCGAAUAAAACCCAGAGGACUCUCUUUUAAUACUAAGUUUGAUAUGAAAGGCAAAUUCGAAAUAAAGGCAAAAACGUAAA